AUGGCCUCCACUGGCGCAGGGCCCCCCACUGCCGGCGCCCGGAAGGAGCACGCUGGUGUGAGUGGCCCCAGCGCUGGCUUGCAGGGCCGGGUGCCGCUCCCUGAUCGCCGCUGCCUCCCGCUGGCCUCCGGCCGCUGGCACAGGGCACGGCAGCGAGCCGAGAGGCGUUUCCAGGGUGUAAUGGUGCUGGCCGCGGGGCUUCCAAGCACUUUCUGCUCAGCCAUACAUUUAGAUUGUCAAGACUGUAUGAACAACUCCUGGUCUGUCCAUAUGGAUAGCUUUCAACCACUUUCCCAUCUUGACAAACUGCCACUAAAUCCAGCCUCUCCAUAUUCUGAUUUCCACGUAGCUGUAGAGUACGGAGGGAACUCCAAUGGGCAGGCCUGCGUCUUCCCCUUUGCCUACAAGAGCCGUACAUUCUACACCUGCACCAAGGAAGAUACUAAGGAAGGGAAAUUCUGGUGUGCCACCACUGGCAGUUAUGACAAGGACAAGAAAUGGAGCUACUGUGCGGACACAAGACUCCAUAAAAAUCAUAUGGGCCCCUGCGUCUUCCCUUUUCUUUACAAGGGCAAGACCUAUUCCUCAUGCACAACAGCGGGGGCAUCGACUGGGAAGCUCUGGUGCUCUCUUACCAGUAACUACGAUAAGGAUCCCAGAUGGACAUACUGCGAUCCCUCAGAACCCCGCCCGUGCCACUUUCCCUUUAUUUUCAACGGGAAAUCCUACUCCGCCUGUACCAAGGAGGGAGCUGGGGAUGGAUAGCUGUGGUGCGCCACAACAGCUAACUAUGACAGCAACAGUAAAUGGAAGGCAUGCUCUCUUCAAGAGUAUGAAGGGAGCUCCAAGGGGCAGGCCUGCGUCUUCCCCUUUGUCUACAAGAGCCGUAUAUUCUACACCUGCACCAAGGAAGGUACUAAGGAUGGGAGAUUUUGGUGCGCCACCACUGGCAGUUAUGACAAGGACAAGACAUGGAGCUACUGUGCGGACACAAAGUUCUGUAUUUCAGGACACCGUGGAAAUAGUAUGGGCCCCUGCGUCUUCCCUUUUCUUUACAAGGGCAAGACCUAUUCCUCGUGCACAACAGCGGGGGCAUCGACUGGGAAGCUCUGGUGCUCUCUUACCAGUAACUAUGAUAAGGAUCCCAGAUGGACAUACUGCGAUCCCUCAGAACCCCGCCCAUGCCACUUUCCCUUCAUUUUCAAGGGGAAAUCCUACUCCACCUGUACCAAGGAGGGCGCUGUAGAUGGACAGUUGUGGUGUGCCACAACAGCUAACUAUGACACAGACGGUAAAUGGAAGGCAUGUUCUGAUCAAGAGUACGAAGGGAGCUCCAAGGGUCAGGCGUGCAUCUUCCCCUUUGUCUACAAGAACCGCACAUUCUACACCUGCACCGAUGAAGGUACUGAGGACGGGAGAUUUUGGUGUGCCACCACUGGCAGUUAUGACAAGGACAAGAAAUGGAGCUACUGUGCGGACACAAGGUACCAACAGCAACCCAGUGAUGACUAUUGUGAUUAA